AGUAUGUACAGGACAUUUCAGAGGAGGAUACUUUAAUCACCUCAGCAGGGCCUGUGGGGAAGUCUCAGCUACUAAUAUCUGGAUAAAUACAAGGAUCUAUUGACUGCUGUUAUACCUGAAGACCUGGGACUCAUCUCUUGGUGGAUUAACUCUUGAGGGCCUCUUCAACAGGAAGCAGCAGCUGCUUUGACUGGGCAGCCCUGCAAGAACCAGAGCGCCGCCAUAUGCUGAUCAAAGACCGCAAAGAGGGGUCUCCCCGCCACCGUCGCCACAUGUCAAGCCCCCUCUCCCUUCGCAAGCAGCUCAGCAAACUUCCCCCCAAAGACGUCUUCAAUGACAUGAUGUUUGUGGUCGGAGGAUGGACCCAGGAUGACCCAUCCUGUUUGGUAGAACAGUUCUGUCCCGAGUACAAUGAGUGGAGGACAGCAGCACGCAUGGUCAACAGUCGUGGCAAAGUGGCCGUGGGCACGCUGGAUGGCAAGAUCUACACAGUGGGCGGGGAAGAUAACAUCCGAUGUUACAGCAGUGUGGAGAGGUACAACCCAGACAUGGACAGCUGGAGUACAGAUGUAGCACCCUUGAGCAGCCCCCGCAGCGGAGUGUGUCUGGUGGCGAUGGACGGAUAUCUGUAUGCUAUUGGAGGACAUGACGGCAUUACUGCCAUAAAUACUGUGGAGAGGUACGACCCGAAAAUGAACACAUGGAGCAAGCAGACAGCCAUGCCGACCAGACGCACCGGAGCUGUGGCUGCUGUGCUGGAGGGUUACUUGUAUGUGAUCGGGGGGAAUGAUGACGAUAUGGCUCUGAACACAGUGGAGCGAUACAACCCUGUAGACGGUACCUGGUCGAUAUGCGCCCACAUGCUGAGUCCCAGGGAGAACGCCGGCUGCACCGUUUACCUGGGACACAUCUAUGUGGCCGGGGGCAAAGACGAGCUCAACUUGAAGCUCUGCGGUGCUGAGAGGUUUGACCCGGACACUAUGAGGUGGACUCCUGUCAAACGUAUGAGGAGCAAGAGGGAUGAUAUGUCCCUUGUAGUCUUCAACGGUGCCUUGCUGGCUGUGGGAGGCUCUGACGGUGUCACCAAUCUGAAAACAAUAGAGGCUUACUGUCAUGAAACCAACACAUGGAGACACUUUGGAAGCAUGAAGAGCAAGCAUCCAGGAGGCAGAGUGGCUGUGCUGUGCUGA